AUCAUAUAAUCCAACGCGAACGUAUAGUCGUAUGCGCUAAUAGCUGACUCGAAUGCGACGAUCGUCCCGGAUCUGGUCGAGUCCGCGCGAGUUCAGAGUUCAGCCGACCCAGACCCUGCUUCGUCGUCUCAUUCUCUUUCUUGACGUAUUCAAAGUUACUCCAUACCUCCGCAUCCAAGCCUCAAGGUAACAUUCCUCUACCGCAACACUAGGGUUUAAGAAUUUUCACCCAAAGCCUUGACCUUUCAUGGCAAUUUCUUCAAUCUCUAAAGUCCUCUCGUUCCCGCUUCUCCUCAAAACCGCAAAAUUCUCAACAGUAAAAUCCUCUGCUGCUUCCUCUGCAGAAAAAUUCUACACUCACCUGCAGAUAAAUGGUACCCAAAACAUAGAGAAAACCCUGGCCACAGUUAAUGGCAAAUUGGACGCCAAAUGCGUCUCUGAGGUCUUACAUAGAUGUCACCCAAACCAAUUCCAAAUGGGUCUUAGAUUUUUCAUUUGGGUUGGCAUUCAACCCAAUUAUAGGCACAGUCCAUUUAUGUACAGAAAAGCUUGUGAAUUGUUCGACCUUAAUCGAAACCCUCGCGUCGUUGCUGAUGUUAUUGAGGAUUAUAGGGUUCGGGGCUGUGUGGUUAGUGCUAAGGUAUUUAAGGUGGUUUUGAACUUGUAUAGGGAAGCUAGGCUGGCUGAUGAGGCUUUGUGGGUGAUGAAAAAAAUGAAGGACUUUGGUUUGCGGGCUGAUACUACGGUCUACAAUGUGGUUAUAAGGUUGUUUUGUGAAAAGGGUGAUAUGGAUAAGGCCGAAGAGUUAAUGAAUGAGAUGGGUUUGAAUGAUCUUUAUCCCGAUAUGAUCACCUGUGUUGCAAUGAUUAGAGGGUUUUGUAGGGUCGGUAGGUUAGAGGAUGCUUGUGGAUUGGUUGAAACUAUGAGAGGGCAAGGGUGUCUGCCUAAUGCUGUGAUGUAUUCGGCCCUUCUUCAUGGGGUUUGUAAGUGGGGGAGUUUGGAGAGGGCAUUAGAAUUGUUGGAUAAGAUGGAGAAAAUAGGUGGGGAAUGUAGUCCGAAUGUUGUUACAUAUACGUCUGUGAUUCAGAGUUUGUGUGAUAAAAGUCAGACAAUAGAGGCAUUGAAGAUUCUGGACAGGAUGGAAGCUUUUGGGUGUCCUCCAAAUCGCAUUACGGUGAGUAGUUUGAUAAAGGGUCUUUGUGUGGAGGGGCGUGUAGAAGAGGCUUACAAGGUGAUUGAUAAAGUUGUUGCAGGAGGCAGUGUUUCAUAUGGUGAUUGCUAUAGUUCUCUAAUAUUGUCGUUGGUCAAACUUAAAAAAAUGGAGGAUGCAGAGAAGCUCUUUAGAAAGAUGCUUGCUAGUGGUGUCAAACCUGAUAGUUUGGCAUGUAGCAUUUUGAUAAAGGAGCUUUGUUUGGAAGGAAGGAUGCUAGACGGGUUUCAGUUAUGUGAUGAAAUUGAGAAGAUGAAGGUCUUGUCAUCUGUGGAUUCUGAUCUUUAUUCUAUUCUUUUAGUUGGGCUUUGUCAACAAAGCCAUUUGGUGGAGGCUGCAAGGCUUGCACAGUUGAUGCUCAAGAAAGGAAUUAGAUUGAAAGCUUCUUAUACUGAAAGUAUAGUUGAACACCUGAAGCAAUUUGAAGACAAGGAGCUAGUUAAGCACUUGAGUGAGAUUGGAAAAUAAUUCUGAAUAAACAGUCUUUCGCCUGUCUAUGGGGACCUUAUUUGUUGAUUUGAGCAGGGUGAAAUUUACAUAGUUCUGAAUCUCUAAUUUUGAAGAAAACAAGUCUGCAAUUUUAAAAUUUACAAUCAUUUUUUGACGAAUACGAAUAACUGUCUUCUUUCAUCUGUUAAAUUAGAUAUGAAACUUGAAAGAAUCGUGGCAGUCAUCAGCCUAUGUUUAAUUGAGUUCAACUGUGCUGUGAUUUAGUUAAAAUAAGUAGAAGGCCUUUUGCUGUUUUCCAGUUUUGAAACAUUGCAACGGUUAGCUCUGUUUCUUUGGAACUUGGUUAAUUCUAAUGGUAAGCUUUGUUGUUUAUUGCCUCCAUUCUUACCCCCCACAUGGAUGCAGUCUUUUCCUCCUACAGUUAAUGUGACCCUUAGCUAAUCCCGAGGGGUAGCUCAAUUGGUCAGGCCUUGGGUUUGCUCCCCAAUGGUCACUAGUUCGAGUCCCCUCAGGGCCACUGGAGGAUUUACCUGGUCGUUAACUUCAGGGCUCCUUGGGAUUAGUCGAGGUGCGCGUAAGCUGGCCCGGACACCCAAGGUUAUCAAAAAAAAAAAAAAAAAGUUAAUGUGACCCUUAGCUACAGUUUAUGACUAUAUUUGUUCCCUCUGCUGUUUCUUAUGGGAGAAAAAAAGGCGUGAUAUGUUUACAAGAUCAACUAUAUGGAUUGUAAGGGGAAUCAAAAUAUCUUUUGAACAAAGCUGGAAGAUCUGACGUGAUUUGAAACCCAUCAAGGAUUACUUUCAAUUGAAACAGUGGCCACAGAUCAGCUGGAGUAUUUACAAGAUAUGAGGAUGGAUACUCUUGUAUUGUUUCAUGCAAUCAGUCUGCAUCUGCAAUUCAUAUAUGUUAGCCACUGUUGAACUAAGACAGGUUUUGAAAAGGAGGUUCCGAGAGUAGGUUCUGAAGGUGCUCAAGUAUUGUGUGAACUUGGGAAUAAAAUGGAUGGGGUCCUAUAGACAUGCUUAAUGAAGUACAUGGGGCUGCAGAAGAGUUGCAAAAGAAGGUGACCAGAAUUGUCCGUUCGAGAGCUGGGAAAUUAGAAAUGGACAGGAGCUGGAAGAUUCCCAACUCCCAAUACCAUCUGGAAAGAUAAUAAUCUCGUUGACUCAGUUGAAGAAUAAUUGAUAAAGCAAAGUUGAAGGAUCCUGUGGAGCAACCAACAGCAGCAGGGCCUGGUGGGUCUUGUAAGAGAUUCCUAACUGGCUAAAGCAUUCAAACUCGAUAUGUCUUGAGUUUAAAUCAUUCAAAAUGUAUGGCAUUAUUACUCUCUGUGCCAUCAUUUGAAACUGAAAUACAUUGAAGACAUUGUGCUGUUUUUCUUGAAAGAUGAAUAUACUUUGUAGUUGCCAGUGCGGUCUUGAAGGAAAUUCUAAUAGAGAACUUGCAAUACAUGUAUCUGAUGUGGAUGAUAAGAAUAGAUCUGUCUAAACUAUGUGCCAUAAAUAGACGGUGUAUAGUAACCGUUUUGAGGCCAUGAUAAUUGAUAUUCUGUUUCUAAAA